UCCUUUUCUCUUUGAGUCUCCUGCCUCUCCCACCUGACUCCUUCCCCCAUCCUUCUCUGGGAAGUAACAGAGUGGAUGAACAUAAAGGGACUAAUCAGCAGCAGGACAAGAUCGCUACAAUUUGGAAGUGUUUUUUGUUUGGUUUUACUUCCUUAACAGAUAAUAUAUAACACCAGAAUUUCUGAUGUGAAUAGAGUCAUUCAGAACUAGGAGCAAAUAUGGAAUUACUGCAGACUGCACUCUGAGUCUUCAUAACCAUCAUCGCUAAAAUAAAGGUGUGGCGAUACCGACAUUCAAUUGCCGCACAAUCCCGGCCCGAAUGUGUAAGAAGAUAUUCUUCCCAACAGCAUCAUUCUUCAGUUUAGCAGCUUGAAUCAGACGACCUGAAAACAUUUUUAAUAGCUGAUGGACAUCCAGAAUCAGAACUCCUUCGCAAGGACAGGCCCACUAUACAGGCUGGCUCACAUGAUGCGCUCUGGUCCUAACAGAAGCAGACCUACAGAGUUCAGUAUGAGCUACUGUAGAACAAAGAACAUGAGGAAGAGUCAUUUUCUUUGGCCAUUGGCUGAACAGAACAUGAACAACUGCAACAACAAUGAUGGCAAAAAAGAUGACAAGAAAGAAGAACCCAAAAAUGAGAAGAAAGCAGAACCUAAGAAAGAUGACAAGAAAGAUGAGAAAAAGGAAGAACCAAAAGAGGUGUGGAUCAUGGACCCUGCCACAGAUACAUACUACUACUGGUUAUGGACCAUAUCCAUCCCUGUCUUCUACAAUCUGAUGUUGCUGGUGGCCAGGGCUUGCUUCAAUGAGCUGCAGAACAACAACACAAUAUUGUGGCUAGUGUUGGACUACACCUCAGAUUUUCUCUACUUUACUGACAUUUUUGUGAGGGCCAGAACAGGUUUCUUGGAGCAAGGGCUGCUUGUACGAGACGCGAAGAUUCUGAAGGAAAAGUACAUGAAAACACGUCAGUUUCGACUGGACAUCAUAUCCGUGAUUCCCACUGAUAUUGUAUUCAUCAAAAUUGGAAUGCACAAUCCUGAGUGGAGGUUUAAUCGCCUCUUUAGGUUGGCUCGGCUCUUUGAAUUCUUCGACCGAACAGAGACUCGCACCAAUUUCCCAAACAUCUUUCGGAUCGCUAAUCUUGUACUUUACAUCAUCAUCAUCAUCCACUGGAAUGCUUGCAUCUAUUUUGCCAUCUCCAAGGUCCUUGGGUUUGGCUCAGACACAUGGGUCUAUCCACCAAUGAGGAAUGCAGAAUUUCAACAUCUCACCAGGCAGUACAUCUACUGCUUAUAUUGGUCCACAAUGACCUUGACCACUAUUGGGGAGACACCACCCCCAGUCCGUGAUAUUGAGUACUUUUUUGUUGUGGCUGACUUCCUCACCGGAGUUUUGAUCUUUGCUACAAUCGUAGGCAACGUUGGUGCCAUGAUAUCCAAUAUGAAUGCCGCUCGAGUGGAGUUCCAGGCCAAAAUAGACUCCAUCAAGCAGUACAUGCAGUUCCGGAAGGUGACGAAAGACCUUGAGGCCCGAGUGGUCAAGUGGUUUGAUUACUUGUGGACGGAGGCGAAAACGUGUGACGAAAAGCAGGUGCUCAAGAACCUUCCGGAUAAGCUCAAGGCUGAGAUUGCCAUCAACGUUCAUCUGGAAACCUUGAAGAAGGUGCGAAUUUUUCAAGAUUGCGAGGCAGGUUUGCUUGUGGAGUUGGUCCUCAAACUUCAACCCCAAGUCUUUAGUCCGGGUGACUACAUCUGCAAGAAGGGGGACAUUGGGAGGGAAAUGUACAUAAUCAAGGCAGGAAAGUUAGCGGUGGUGGCAGAAGAUGGGGUCACUCAGUUUGUUGUCCUCAGUGAUGGAGCCUACUUUGGAGAAAUCAGCAUUUUGGGCAUCAAGGGGAGUAAGGCAGGGAAUCGAAGAACGGCCAACAUCCGAAGCGUGGGUUACUCUGACCUGUUUGCCUUAUCCAAGGAUGACCUGAUGGAGGCGCUCACAGAGUACCCUGACGCUAAGAAUGUACUGGAAGAUAAGGGACGGGCCAUCCUCAUGAAAGACAACCUCAUUGAUGAGUCGCUUGUCGCAGCUACCGACGCCAAAGACUUCGAAGCAAAAGUGAAAGUGGUCGAGGCGAGCUUGGAAGUCAUGAUGUUCAAACUGAAGAAGCUGACGGAACAUCAUGAAUCAUCGCAGCGCAAGCUCAAACAACGGCUCUGUAAUUUGACAAACCAGGUCCGAACCCUCCAAGUAGCAGACGAGUAACGUGGGCUUGGUGCUUCUUUCACUUAGCAACUGCUCUUCAGACAGACUGUUGAUCCCACAAAUAGCUCAUUUUCAUAAUAAAGGCUAUACAUGCUUAAUAUGCAUCUCAACUUCAUUAUAUACUGUAUUUGGGAGAAUAGGUAUGCUAUGAGGCCUCAUGGCCACGCUUGUCCUUUACCAUUAUGACACCAAACACAAAGUAUGUACUGAUAUAUUGUAUCUACUGUACAUAUCGUAUACAGUUCCCAGAAAAAAUGUGAACCCUUUGGCAUUACCUGGGUUUCUGCAUAUUGGUCACAAAAUAUGAUCAGA